GGGACCCGGGGCUCCGCAGCCCUCCCCGGCGCCGGCCCCCCGACCCAGCUCUCCAGGCCUCGGAGGCGGUGACAAUGGACUAUGACUUUAAAGUGAAGCUGAGCAGCGAGCGGGAGCGGGUCGAGGACCUGUUUGAAUACGAGGGCUGCAAAGUUGGCCGUGGCACUUAUGGGCACGUCUACAAAGCCAAGAGGAAGGAUGGGAAGGAUGAUAAGGACUAUGCUUUAAAACAAAUAGAAGGAACUGGAAUCUCUAUGUCAGCAUGUAGAGAAAUAGCAUUACUUCGAGAGCUUAAACAUCCCAACGUCAUCUCUCUUCAAAAAGUGUUUCUGUCUCAUGCGGAUCGGAAAGUAUGGCUUCUUUUUGACUAUGCUGAGCAUGACCUCUGGCAUAUAAUCAAGUUUCACAGAGCCUCUAAAGCAAACAAGAAGCCAGUUCAGUUACCUCGGGGAAUGGUGAAGUCUCUUUUAUAUCAGAUCCUAGACGGCAUUCACUAUCUGCAUGCCAACUGGGUGCUGCACAGGGAUUUGAAACCUGCUAAUAUUUUAGUUAUGGGUGAAGGUCCUGAGCGUGGAAGAGUAAAAAUUGCUGAUAUGGGCUUUGCCCGAUUAUUCAAUUCACCUUUAAAGCCUCUAGCAGAUUUGGAUCCAGUUGUUGUGACAUUCUGGUACCGAGCUCCAGAGCUGCUUCUUGGAGCAAGACAUUAUACCAAAGCAAUUGAUAUUUGGGCUAUAGGGUGUAUAUUUGCAGAGCUACUAACGUCAGAACCAAUAUUUCACUGUCGGCAAGAGGACAUCAAAACUAGUAAUCCUUAUCACCAUGACCAGCUGGACAGAAUAUUCAAUGUAAUGGGAUUUCCUGCAGAUAAAGAUUGGGAAGAUAUAAAAAAGAUGCCUGAACAUUCAACAUUAAUGAAAGAUUUCAGAAGAAAUACGUAUACCAACUGCAGCCUUAUCAAGUAUAUGGAAAAACACAAAGUUAAACCAGAUAGUAAAGCAUUCCACUUGCUACAGAAGUUGCUUACUAUGGACCCAAUAAAGCGAAUUACCUCAGAACAGGCUAUGCAGGAUCCCUAUUUCUUAGAAGACCCGCUUCCUACAUCAGACGUAUUUGCUGGUUGUCAGAUACCUUACCCAAAACGAGAAUUUUUAACAGAAGAAGAGCCUGAUGACAAAGGAGACAAAAAGAACCAGCAGCAGCAGCAGGGCACUAACCACACUAAUGGGACUGGCCACCCAGGGAACCAAGACAGCAGCCACGCGCAGGGGCCCCCGCUGAAAAAAGUGAGGGUUGUUCCUCCUACCACUACCUCAGGUGGACUGAUCAUGACCUCAGACUAUCAGCGUUCCAAUCCACAUGCCGCCUAUCCCAACCCUGGACCAAGCACAUCGCAGCCCCAGAGCAGCAUGGGAUACUCAGCUACCUCCCAGCAGCCUCCACAGUACUCACACCAGACUCAUCGGUACUGAGCUGCGACGGAACACUGUCGAUGCACUGUUGCUAAUGCUGCAGGGCUGAUGUGCAGCUUGCUGCGGGAACCUGGUGUGGCGGUGAGAAUGUACUGUACCCCCACAUCUUCAAAAUGUCCAGCAGCUGUGUGCCACCAGCUGUCACAGAUUGGGAUAGUAGCUUCCAAGUCGUCCCUCAUGUUGGAGUUAGACUUGAGAAGAAAGUGCUGGCACAGUGUGUGUCGUGGACUCGCUGCUUCCCUCGUUCACUAGACACGGCUCAGACUAACCAGUGCAUCUCUCAGUGACAGUCUGUAGCAGUGACGCUGGGAGAUGUCCUGGGGCGAGCAUCUGUCCUCCGCGUGCUGACUUCCAGUGCAGCACCCCCAUCCAACCAGUAGUACAGACAGACACAAAGUUGAACUGGUACUUGAAACAUACAGUUUAUGUUAGCUCAACAGAAUAACUGAAACUCAAAGAUUAUUUGGUACACCUUCCUUUUUAGUGUCUUAUCAGUGGCCUGAUUCAUUUUCUACAUUAAUCAGUGUUUUUUGACCAAGAAUAUUGCUUGGAUUUUUUUUUAAGUACAAAAAAAAAAAAAAAAAACACAUAGUUUUUACUGAAAGGUUUCAAAACUCCCAAAGAUUAAUUUCAGACUUACAAGUUUGUUUUUAUUUUUAAUCUAUGACUUGACUGGUAUUAAAGCUGCUAUUUGAGAGUAAUUAAAUAUGUUGUCAUUGAUAUAAACCCGUUUGGUUCAGCAAACAACCUAGAAUGAUUGUCAUAGACGGUGUUUAUUUUUCCUGUUGGUGUUGCUGAUUUGUGAGCAUGCUUUAAGGUGAAGAAAGCAUGAAUGAUAAAUUCCUUAAAAAGGUGCGGCAUCCAAUUCAGAUUUUUUUUUGGUCCUGAUUUUAAAGUUGGUUAGUGUAGUGCUAUUAAAAUUUUGUUCCGUCAACUUUCUUUCUUAAAACUUGUCCGCACGUUACUUAGGGUGCCCUUACUUCAGCAGAGGAGAAGGAGUAGGAGAGCCUUAGAAUUUUUGAGGGAAAAAACCCUAUAACAUACAAUGUACUGUAUCAAACUAUUUUACAUGAAUGACACAAGUAUUCUGAAUAAAAAAUUAAUUGAACAUUGUUAAAAACAAGCUGUUAUGUAAUAAAUUUAUUUUUCAUAAAUCAAAA